GGCUGGCGCUUAUCCGAACGACGCCACCAGGGGCGGACCGAAGAAGGGCGCAAGCGCACUGCGUCGCCAGGCUCGGGACCCUUUUCCGAGGGACUAUGGCGCUCAACAAGAACCACUCGGAGGGCGGCGGAGUGAUCGUCAACAACACCGAGAGCAUCCUGAUGUCCUAUGACCAUGUCGAGCUUACGUUCAGUGACAUGAGGAAUGUGCCAGAGGCCUUCAAAGGGACCAAGAAAGGCACAGUCUACCUUACCCCAUACCGGGUCAUCUUUCUGUCCAAGGCGAAGGAUGCCAUGAAGUCCUUUAUGAUGCCCUUCUAUCUGAUGAAGGACUGUGAGAUCAAGCAGCCUGUGUUUGGGGCAAACUACAUCAAGGGGAUGGUGAAGGCCGAAGCAGGAGGUGGCUGGGAAGGCUCUGCAUCCUACAAGCUGACCUUUACGUCCGGGGGCGCCAUCGAAUUUGGGCAGCGGAUGUUACAGGUGGCAUCUCAAGCCUCCCGAGGCGAAGCCCCCAACGGAGCCUAUGGUUAUUCUUACAUGCCCAGCGGGGCCUAUGUCUUCCCCCCACCAGUCGCCAAUGGAAUGUACCCCUGCCCUCCUGGCUACCCCUACCCACCGCCCCCACCUGAGUUCUAUCCGGGACCCCCCAUGAUGGACGGGGCCAUGGGGUACGUGCAGCCCCCACCGCCGCCCUACCCCGGGCCCAUGGAGCCUCCAGUCAGUGGCCCCGAUGUCCCCUCCACUCCUGCAGCUGAAGCCAAGGCCGCGGAAGCAGCUGCCAGCGCCUAUUACAACCCGGGCAACCCACACAACGUCUACAUGCCCACGAACCAGCCUCCACCACCUCCCUACUACCCCCCUGAAGAUAAGAAGACCCAGUAGACCCCGCCACCCCCUCCUCCUGCCUCCCCUCGCGCUCUCCUCCCCUCCCCUUGGGGCUGAGUCGCAGUUGUGGGGCAUGAUGGGAAGGCCUUGUCCUUCCUCCAGCUCUGAUAUAAAACAAUUAUCAGGAACUCGCCUUGAGAGAAGGGGGGCCCCUUGACUUGGGGUGGUGCCUCCCAGUUUCCCACGCAAGCCCGGAGCCCGCCGGCUUCCUGAGCCGUCCCGUUGGGGGGCGGGGGGCACCCCCCUCGUCCCCAUCCUGCUCUCAAAGCUUCUGCCCAUGGAGGGACUCUCUGGCCACCUCCUCCGCCACAGUCCAGCUCUCUGAUUGUGUAGACACUUUAUCCCCAGCCUCACAAGCCCUGCCUGCUCCCGCCCCCGCCCCAGGCGCCCUGCCUGCUCCCGCCCCCGCCCCAGGCGCCCUGCCAGCUCCCGCCCCUGCCCCAGGCGCCCCGCCAGGCCCCACUCACAUUCCGUCUGCCCUCCUCUGUGCCUGGCUGAGGAGGGCCACCUGCCCGCCAACUGUCCACCUGCAUUCCGUUCCCAGCCGGCCUCGUCCCUUCACGCUCACCUUCCCGUCCCUGCCUCGUCCUGGGUCUUCCUCUCGCCUCUUCUUUCCUUUGGAGUUUCCCACCAGCCGCCGGGAGUGGGUGGCCUGAGGGCAGCCGUGGCUGGGGGCAGCGCCCCUCUGCUGCCUCACCGGUCUUUCUGGAAUUUGUUUCCGUUCACCUCUCCUUUCCCUCUAGAAGGGGCCUCUCAGACUGGAACUGGAGAAUGCAUGUCCAUUUGGGGGCCACCGGGUGGGCUGGGAACCAGCCCCCGGGGCCCGGCCUGGAUGUUGACCGUGACCUCUUGCCAGCCCCUCAGCUUGCCUUCUUCCCUUUAAGCUUCACGCCUGGUUGGCAAUGUGUCCCCUAGAUGCACUAAAAUUUUGCUCUCACUUGCUCCUGGACUGGCUGUGAAGAGAGGAGAUGGUUAUUUAAAGAGGAUUCCCUAUUUAUUUGACAAAAAAAAAAAAAAAAUUCAGUUAAUAUAUUAAUGUGAAAUAAAUCCUGUUUGCACCUUGA